AUGGGUUCGGGCGGCAGCACGAUAUUUAACAACCGAAUCAUGGAGGCGGAGGUAAAGAUAAAGGGUAACAGUAAGAAAAGCCAAUUAGAUAUGACGGACUACACCAAUAAGCCGCGACCCACCACCUUUGGCAGAGCUGUCUUGAUACCGCGUAUACUUUCCGAACUGCCGCCACCGCCAGCCGUGGCGGAAGACGAGGGCCACUACGCGUGGUUUUUGGAGGACCUGGAUCGACCGGGUGAAUGGGUGGCCUACCCGGCGGAGGACUCUGAAAGGCUUAAUGCGGCGUGGUUUAGCGGGCAGCGUGAGUGUCUUAUUCUUACCAAAAUGAAGCGGAUGUGUACAGUAGACCUCAGCGCAAUGGUGCAGCUGGCGGCGGGCAGUAGUGCGCGUCCGCGCAAGGUGAAGCGGGUGGUGGUGGAGGAGUGUGGGAACUCCACAGUGCAAGAAAAACAUUACGUGGCCGCGGACCCUUUUCUUGAGGAGGUGCUGGACCAUGCAGGCAGGGGGGCGGACGCUACAGACGACAAGAACGACGGCGACUUCAACCUCCCCGAUAAGGGUGGUGUGGGCACGAGUGACGACACCGACGCCUCAAGGCUGCCACAACUGUUACGCUCGGUGGCAACGCAUUCAAAGAUUCCCUUUACCCUUGCGUUCUCCCCGUCCGGCCGCGAGCUGCUCACCAGUACGCGGGAGGAGCUGCUGCGCUGGGACGUUGAAACGGCAGCAGUCUUGAUGCAUUAUAAUGUCGACUCCACUGUGUUGGCGUCUGCCUACUCCGCUGAUGGUAGCCACAUAGUGUGUGGCGGGAAGAAAUAUAUUGCCUGGCUCUUUGACGUAAACUCCCCCAAUGCAACUUUGACGUUGACGGGGCACACCCACAGACUCUACGGUACUGACUUUCUCGCGGGGGAAAAGCGUCUCGCAACGGCCUCCAUGGACAACACCGUGCGCUGCUGGGACAUCCAAACAGGCAGCUGCGUGCUGACGGAUAAAUGCCACACUGCGUCUGUCUUUGCACUAGCGACGUCGAGGCUUUCCGACUGGUUUGCGCUCUCCGGCGGUGACGAUGAGCUUGUCUGCGCGCAUGACUUCCGGCUUGGCAACAACUCUGUCACGGCGAGAUUUCUGGGGCACAAAAGAACCAUCUGGUCAUGCGCAUUUCGCGGCGAUGAACAGCAGUUUGCCUCGAGCGGCAUUGACAGGACGCUGAAUAUAUGGGAUCUGCGACAGCCCCGUGAGCCCGUGCAAAAGUGUUUUGGUCAUUUGCGUCCAGUGCAGUUUGCAGAGUAUUUGCCGUAUAACAGAGGUGUUUUAACAUGCGCGCGGGACUAUAGCGUGUGCCUCACGGACGCAUCCACCGGGGAACUUGUGUGGCGGGCAAAGGCGCAUGCAGGGUGCGUGUUUCGCGUGCGCUACCACGCGGAGACACGAAUGAUGGCCACCAGCGGUGGGGACGGGAAUGUCAAUCUUUGGCGGUACGAUAACGUUGAUAAAUGGUAG